AUUUUUAUUGUGAAAUGUAAAAUUUGAUCUAUCUAAUAUAUAUAAAAUGUAUAUGUGUACAUUUAACAAUGUGCAUUUAUGUACCUUAAAAUAAUAUAAGCUUUCUGGGCGACAGAGUGAGGCCCUGUUUAAAAUAAUGAUAAUAAUUUGAUAUUUUAUGCAUUAAAAACUUUUGUCUGGGCAUGGUGACUCAUGCUUGUAAUCUCAGCAGUUUGGGAGGCUGAGGCAAGAAGAUUGCAUGGCCCUAGGAGUUUGAGACUAGCCUGGGCCCUAUAGGGAGACUCCAUUCCUACAAUAAUGUUUUUUUUAACUAGCCGGGUGUGGUGGUGUGCUUGUAGUGCCAGCUACUCAAGAGGCUGAGGUGGGAGGAUCACUUGAGCCCAGGAAGUGGAGGCUGCAAUGAGCUAUGAUUGUUCCACUGUACUCCAGCCUGGACAACAGAGUGAGACCCUGUCUCAAAAAAAAAUUAAAUGUUUUGAUUAUACAAGGAAAAUGAACAUUCAUGUAUUAAAGCUUCAUGUUUUAUGAACAAAACUGACUUUGCAGGCAGGAGAGCGUUUUCUGGGGGCACCAGAAGCAGGGAACUUUCCUUGUCCAUUGGCUUCAGGGCUGCCCACUAUCCCUCCACUAUCUUCCCAUCAUAGCCCUGUCUGGUGUCUUUUGUCCCUGACAAAACCUACAAAAAGUGACUUUAACACUUUAGGCUGCAUGCAUUUGAAGAGCAAUAAGGUAACGUUUUUUCGCUUCCCACUACCAGUGGAGAUCUGCUGGGGUGGGCUGCAUGGAAUCUGAAAUGAUGUCUAAAUACUGAAGUGAACCUCUACACUAGAGACUGAUAUACAGCUGACCCUUAAACGACGCAGGGGUCAGGGAUACCGACCCCCGCGGAAUUGAAAAUGCUUGUAUUACUUUUGACUCCCCUAGACCUUAACUACUAAUAGCCAACUGUUGCCCAGAAGCCUUAUGAAGUUGCCCGGAAGCCUUAUGAAUUACAUAAACUCCCAGUCGAUUAACACAUUUUGUAUGAUAUAUGCAUGAUAUAUGCAUAAUAUAUAUGAUAUAUGCAUUUUGUAUGAUAUAUGCAUUAUAUAUAUUUUAGUAUAAGAACUAUACUUAUACUAAAACAGACCAGAGAAAGGGUAUCAGGAAAAUUGUAAGAGGCUCGUUGACAUUUCACCCAAUUAAAAAAAGGAAAAUAAAAGAAUACGGAAGGGAAAAUACAUUUACUAAUCAUUAAGUGGAAGUGGAUCAUCAUAAAGGUCUUCAUCCUUGUGUUCUUCAUGCUGGGCAAGAGAAUGAGGUCUUGCUGUCUCUGGGGCAAGAGGUCGGGGAGCUGGAAGAGGCAGGAAAAGGAGCACACUCGAAGUAACGUUUAUAGGGAAAAAAAAACACCUACGUGUAAAUGGACCCGCACAGCUCAAACCUGUGUUGUUCAAGUGUCAACCUACUUAAGACCUCAAACACCGAAGCCCCUCAGUCGCCCUGGAAGGCAGCAGACGCAGCUUCCUAGCGCUCCCAGCUGUCUGCACACAAGGCUCCCUCCGUCGCAGCCUUGGGGAGACUACAUUACCCAGAAAGCCUUGCGUCGAGCGGCAGUACUUUGAUCCAAUGAAAAUCCAAGACAGGGGCAUUUCCGUGUGGGUGUACCCCCGCCCCCCCCCCAGGGCGGGACUUCUGGCGUCUUCGCAGCGGUCAUUUUGGCUGCCUUCCCGGAGGUCCGUUCUGUCUGUCAGCCGCUUUGGUACGCUGCAUCGGGAUCGAAGUGACGGACCGUGAAGGCGCGAGAGUCAGGUCUGAGGGUCGGGGGCAGAGCCGCCCGCGAGGCCGGCUUGGGGAUAGCGGUGCUCGGGUUCCCCCCGGGUCGCCCGCAGCUCCCGGUCCAGCUCCGCCCACAGACUCGGAUGGCGACCGCACUGAUGGACCCGGCUUCGGUUCCCAUAGCUACAGAGGUGCUUUUCAAACUUACAGAGGGAAGUGUGACCUUUGAAGAUGUGGCCGUGUACUUCUCCUGGGAGGAAUGGGAUCUCCUUGAUGAGGCUCAGAAACACCUGUACUUCGAUGUGAUGCUGGAGAACUUUGCACUUACGUCCUCCCUGGGACUUACAUCAUCCUGGUCUCAUGUAGUUGCUCAACUAGGGCUAGGGGAAGUGCCGUCUGUUCUUCACAGGAUGUUCAUGACUCCAGCCUCAGCAAGAUGGGAUCAGAGAGGGCCUGGCCUACAUGAAUGGCACUUGGGAAAAGGCAUGUCAUCAGGUUGUUGGUGUGGAGUGGAACAUGAGGAAACACCUUCUGAACAGAGAAUUUCUGGAGAAAGAGUGCCACAGUUCAGGACUUCCAAAGAAGGUUCAUCUUCCCAGAAUGCCGACUCCUGUGAAAUAUGUUGCCUGGUCUUGAGAGAUAUUUUGCACUUGGCUGAACACCAAGGAACAAACUGCGGGCAGAAACUACACACAUGUGGAAAACAAUUCUACAUCAGUGCAAAUCUUCAACAGCACCAGAGGCAGCACAUUACAGAGGCACCUUUCAGAAGUUAUGUGGACACGGCCUCAUUUACACAGAGCUGCAUAGUCCAUGUGUUGGAGAAACCCUUUACCUGCAGGGAGAUCAGGAAAGACUUCCUGGCCAACAUGAGGUUUCUCCAUCAAGACGCCACUCAAACAGGGGAGAAGCCAAAUAACAGUAACAAGUGUGCGGUGGCCUUUUACAGUGGAAAAAGUCAUCACAACUGGGGAAAAUGCAGUAAAGCCUUUAGCCACAUAGACACACUUGUUCAGGACCAGAGAAUCCUCACUAGAGAAGGACUUUUUGAGUGCAGUAAAUGUGGGAAAGCAUGUACGCGAAGAUGUAACCUCAUUCAGCACCAGAAAGUCCACAGUGAAGAAAGGCCUUAUGAAUGCAAUGAAUGUGGAAAAUUCUUUACCUACUACUCCAGUUUCAUUAUACAUCAGAGAGUUCAUACUGGAGAAAGGCCUUAUGAGUGCCCUGAAUGUGGGAAAUCCUUUAGUCAGAUAUACAGCCUCAAUAGCCAUAGGAAAGUUCACACUGGAGAAAGGCCUUAUGAAUGUGGGGAAUGUGGGAAAUCUUUUAGCCAAAGGUCCAACCUCAUGCAGCAUCACAGAGUUCACACUGGAGAAAGGCCUUAUGAAUGCAGCGAAUGUGGGAAAUCUUUUAGCCAAAACUUCAGCCUGAUUUACCACCAGAGAGUUCACACUGGAGAAAGACCUCAUGAGUGCAAUGAAUGUGGAAAAUCCUUUAGCCGAAGCUCCAGCCUCAUUCACCACCGGAGACUUCACACUGGAGAAAGACCCUAUGAGUGCAGUAAAUGUGGGAAGUCAUUUAAGCAAAGCUCCAGCUUCAGUUCACAUCGGAAAGUUCACACAGGGGAAAGGCCUUAUGUGUGUGGGGAAUGUGGGAAAUCCUUUAGCCAUAGCUCCAACCUUAAGAACCACCAGAGAGUUCACACUGGAGAAAGGCCUGUUGAGUGCAGUGAAUGUAGCAAAUCCUUUAGCUGUAAAUCUAACCUCAUUAAACACCUGAGAGUUCACACUGGAGAAAGGCCUUAUGAGUGCAGUGAAUGUGGGAAAUCCUUUAGCCAAAGUUCUAGCCUCAUUCAACACCGCAGAGUUCACACGGGAAAAAGGCCUUAUCAGUGCGGUCAAUGUGGGAAAUCCUUUGGCUGCAAAUCUGUCCUCAUUCAACACCAGAGAGUUCACAUUGGAGAAAAGCCUUAGCUGUACUGAGAAUAUGCAAUUUCCUUUUAGUGUAAUUAUACUGAAGGAGUACACCUGUGAGAGAGACAAGUACCUGAUUUGGAAGCCCCAACAUCUAAGGAUAUACAGUGGGCGGAUUCCCCUUAAGUUCCAGGUACGUGUUACACUUUCUAACGUGCCAUUUAGAAAGUGUUAGACUUUCUCACGUGCCAUUUAGAAAGUGUUAGACUUUCUCACCUGCCAUUUAUGGCUCUUGCCAUUUAUGUCACUGACAGUUUCUGAGGCAGAAGCCGUAUCACGUCUACCACCUGUGAGGUCCACGCAGUGUGCAUCAUUUACCUCCUGAACCUGCUCAAGGAAGCAGACCUCUGCUUCUCCCCAUUUGCUAGAAGAAAUCAUGAAUAGUCUGAGUCUUCCUCUCUGACGAGUUAGGGCAUGGACUUGACCCAGCUUUGUGCCAGAGAACCCAAUAUGAGUGUUGUUGGCAGCUUGCCAAGAAGGACUGUCUUUUUCAAGACAUACUGGUUUCAUGUGACACCUCCAUGGAUUUUUUCCAGCCUCUAAGUCACCAAGGGAACUGCUUGCUUUGUUUUUUACAAUAAUAAAAGCAUUAUUAUUUAAGCUA